CUGCAGUGAAAAAGGUGCACACGAGACGGGCGGCUUCCAGAGCAGAACAGGGACUCGUGCCAGAGGGUGUCAUCACCGCUGACAACGGGGAAGGAGCAAGAGAGUAAGAGUGAGAGAGAGCAGCAUGCGUUGAGGCAGUCCGGAGAGAGCUGAGGCAGCCCGAAGAGAGCUGAGGCAGCUUGGACAGACCUGAGGCAGCCCGGAGAGAGCUGAGGCAGCCCGGAGAGAGCUGAGGCAGCCCGGAGAGAGCCUAGCAGCCUGAGGAUGAAGCUUCCAUGGGGAGCAGCGACGCCGCUGCUCCUGGCAGCGCUGGCCGGCACCACCUGGGCUUCCUCGGCACAUAAUACAGAUCCCCAAAGCAACACCAACGCCACAAAUGGGACGGAAGGCAACUCCGGCCUCACCAGCCUGCCCAUCGUGACCUGGAAGUGGCACCAUGUAGAGCAACCCUACCUGAUGGCCCUCUGGGUCCUGGUCUGCUGGCUCUGCAAACUGGUGUUUGAACUGAACCAUAAGCUGACCGCGACCAUCCCAGAGAGUGCACUGCUCAUCUUCAUUGGUUUCGUCCUGGGUGGAAUGAUCUGGGGGGCAGACAAGGCCCAGACCUUCACUCUGACCCCUGUGACCUUCUUCUACUACCUGCUGCCCCAGAUCAUCCUGGACGCAGGCUAUUUCAUGCCCAACAAGCUCUUCUUCGGCAACAUGGGUGCCAUCUUGACUUAUGCCAUUCUGGGGACCGUCUGGAAUGCUGUCACUGUGGGCCUCUCACUGUGGGGUGUUUACCUGGGCGGAAUCAUGGGCGACCUGAAGAUUAAUCUGCUAGAAUUCAUGCUCUUUGGGAGUCUGCUGUCUGCGGUGGACCCAGUGGCUGUACUGGCUGUUUUUGAGGAAGUCCAUGUAAAUGAGGUGCUUUUUAUCUUAGUUUUUGGAGAGUCCCUCCUCAACGACGGUGUGACAGUGGUGCUGUACAAUGUCUGUGACGCUUUUGUAACUCUAGGAGCGGAUCGAAUCAAUGCAGUAGAAAUAAUUAAAGGCAUAGUGUCCUUCCUUGUGGUGGCCUUUGGAGGGGCGCUGGUUGGAGUGGUGUUCGCCGUCCUUCUCUCGCUCCUGACCAGGUGCACGAAGAACAUCCAGAUCAUUGAGCCUGGCUUCAUCUUCAUCGUCUCCUACCUCUCCUACCUGACAGCUGAAAUGCUCUCCCUCUCUUCCAUUUUGGCGAUCACAUUCUGUGGCGUCUGCUGUCAGAAGUACGUCAACGCCAACAUGGCGGAGUCGUCGGUGACGACGGUGAGAUAUGCCAUGAAGGUGUUCGCCAAUGGUUCGGAGACCAUCAUCUUCGUCUUCCUGGGAAUCUCUGCCAUAGACCCUGAGAUCUGGGUGUGGAACACGGCCUUCAUACUACUCACACUUGUAUUUGUUUUAGUGUACAGGAUCAUAGGAGUUUUCGCCCUUACUUGGAUCCUGAACCGUUUCAGACUCAUUCCCCUUGAGAUAAUUGAUCAGGUGGUCUUGAGUUACGGUGGUCUAAGGGGUGCUGUUGCCUAUGCACUGGCCUUCAUGCUGGAUGGAAAUAAAGUCAGGGAGAAGAACCUCAUGAUCAGCACCACACUCAUAGUAGUGUACUUUACUGUUGUGUUGCAGGGAGUGACUAUGAAACCAUUGGUCACCUGGCUGAAAGUGAAAAGGACAUCAAAGACUGAGGUUUCCCUGAUAGAGAAGCUACAGAACAGGGCAUUUGAUCACAUUCUCAUAGCGAUCGAAGACAUAUCUGGGCAAAUCGGACACAACUAUAUGAGAGAGAAGUGGAAUAAGUUUGAGGAAAAGUGGCUGCGCCCCAUCUUGAUGAAGUCAUCGGCCCGGAAGAAGCAGGACCAGCUCUUCAACGUCUUCCAUCAGCUCAACCUGAAGGAUGCUAUGAGCUACGUCACCGAGGGUGAACGCUGUGGAUCUUUGGCCUUCGUUCGGUCUGAGAACAAUGUAAACCUUGACUUCAAGAAAAAGUUGGCUUCAGAUAUUUCAGAUAUUAUGCCAGACAUAAAUUCUGACAGCUCAGACACAGGACCUUAUACCAUACCGAUGACUUGUAUUAUGCAGGACAACGUGCCUACAGUGUGUCUGGACGUGGAGGAGGACAUGAGGGGGAAGAGCAUGAGAGACACAGAGAACAUCAAUACACAUCAUGUGCUGCAGAUGCACCUGUAUAAGGCCAGGAAACAGCACAGACACAGGUACAGCAGGAAAGAAAUGGGACUCAACAAAGACGAAAAUGAAGUCCAGGAGAUCUUCCAGCGCACGAUGAGGAACCGCCUGGAGUCCUUCAAAUCUACUAAGAUGGGCGUCACCCAAAGCAAGAAGAUCAAACCAGCCAAGAAGGAUCAGAUACCGAACGGAAAACACAAAACCCAUUCAUUUGAAGACGCAGACUUCUCAGAUGACAAUGUCUUCUCCUCUGACUUUGCGGGUGGUGUAGCAUCUGGGGGUGGAGGUCCCACAAGACUCUCCAUUCGAUCUGGAGGUGGGAUAGAGAACCCAGCCUUCAUGCCAGACGUGGAUCAUGCGUCCCCCCUGCACACGCCGCCAUGGUCGGCCGUGGUAGAUGACGGGGUGGCCCCCUCCCAGAGAGCUCAGGUGCAGCUGCCCUGGUCGCCCAGCAACGCCAGCCGCCUGACGCCGCUCCGCAUCAGCACCCGUUCUAAUGAUUCCUUCAUCUUGGCGGACAGACCCACAGCGCAGGGGGAGCAGCCCCCUCCCAGCCAGCCGAAAAGCACACCGAAAUAGCCCUAGUGUGGCAUACGGCCCCCCGCCCCUCACUUGCAGCCUAUGCCAUUUCCAGUGGCAGAAAGCUGAGACGCCUUAACCUGAACCACCAGAACAAGGACAUGAAGGAAAUGGGAGAAGAGGAAGUGUGUACGUGUGGCUGUGUGUUAAAUAGAUAUGUAUAUGUGGAUGUGUAUAUAUAAAAUUUCCUUUGUAGUUUCACAAAAUAUGGUAAUUUAGUUUAUAUUUAAUGUUCAUUUUUAAGGAUACUUACUACCAAAUGAUUUGUUAGUGGUACGACCUCCUCUGUUCUCAGGCUGCACAAUGAGGUUCCGUUCCACAGGCUGUAAUUUCGCCCGGUAUCUACAGCAGUUCCAUUACACUGCAGCAGCAUUCACAGGGCUUCCAUUGAUCUUAUCCUUUAAAUAUGCACUUGAUUGGAAGGACGCGCGAUGAUGCUGCCCGAUUACUACUUCAGAAUCACAUUUGGGGGACAGAGGCAUUAGGCUUAGGAAAUGGUUCGCUGCUGUAAAGCACUAUUUUAAGCACUGAGAUGAAGUUGUUGUUUGAUGUCCAUUAAAGAAAUAUUUUAUUUA